AUGUGUGCGAAGAAAGAUCCACCACGUUUAGAAGAUUUUGAAUUAUUGGUUGAAGAUAGAACCUUUACUGAUUAUUUCAAUGUAUACUUGUCCUUACCGGUAUUUGGGCAAAGAGUCAUAUAUGAUGUCAUCGAAAGAGAUUUUGAGUUUUGUCCAUCUGUCAGGCGUCAGAGGGAUUUUGUCCACAGAAAAAGACUAUUACAGUGGUUAUAUACAGAAAGAUAUUCACUGUUCUGUAAUACAGAUCUAUAUCUAGAAUAUCUUCUAUGCUUAAGCAUGGAUGAUCCAGAUGCUUCCAAAAACUUUAUAAGGAAUUUACUAGGACAUGUGAUGGGGAUGCAAUUACUUCGAGAAGCUUUAAAGGGAACCCACGGAGAGAAGGUCUAUCAGUGCUGGCUAGACGCAAAAAAAAUACACCGUAUUGCCUCUGUGGAAGACAAAAGAUAUGAAAUAAACAGAUUUAAGCAGACAUAUUUGAUAAGUGGUGCUGAUAAGGAAUUAGCUGAGAACUAUAAGGAAGUUGUUUAUCAUGGUUCGUCAUUUGUUUUUUUGUUUUUUUUUUCCAUCUUCACACAGUGUUUCGGGUGGGGAUUUUACAACUUUUUCGAAACCUUAUUACUGCGAGCUUUAACACGGUACUGGUUACCUAGAUAUAUCAUACAUAUAAUCAACAGUUUACCUACACCAAAAUUACAGGCAGCUGCUACCACCACACAAGAGGAGGAUAAAGAUGGUCAAACAACAAUUACAGAUCUAUUAUCAUUGUGUGGAGGUAGGGUCGUGGCACCACUUGAAAUACGUGUUAGCGAUAAAGUAUUGUGUGGAAUAGCUUCAGAUCACCUAGCCGGAUUCCCAUUUCGAAAGUUUUUAAGAUCGAAAGGCUUAUCCCUUGAAAAUCGAUGUUUAUCAUUCUGGAAUGAUGUUCAUUAUUACAACCAACUAGAACAAGAAAACGUAUUAUUCAUAAAACAAAAAUUUGCACAAAGAAUAGUCGAAAGAUAUCUGUUGUCAAAUGAUGAGGAAAAUGAAAUAUUCUGUGAAAGCCUAAAAUUAGCUUUAAUUAAAAGUUUAUCAGAAGAGAAUGACGAAUCAUUGUUAUAUGCAGCAAAUGAUCUUGUUUCAAAGUGGUUAAAAAAUUUAGUCCAUCCCCAAAAAGUAAAAAUUGAGGCGAUGAAAGUUUCAAAGAAAGUUGAAAUGCUAGUAGAUGAAGAGGAGUUGAAUGACGCUUUAGAAUUAGAAGGCAUAUCCAGUCUCAAAGGAAGAGAUGGCAGAUUACUACGGAGACAUGGCACCAUGUUAGUUCAACCCACUAAACCAAGAAGUUUUAUGGAGGUCUUGUCGACCAGAGAGCAUUUUGAAUUUUUUCGUCUUUACUUAAUAAAUGAAAAAGCUUUGCAACCUUUAUUGUUUUGGAAAUGUGUAGAAGAUAUGAAACGCACUAUGCAACCCCAAACUUGUCAGUUGAAAGCAAAUCAAAUCUUUAGGAGAUUUUUUGGCAGACAUGCCAAUCACGGUGAAGCAUUAGACAGUAAAGAUGACAUUAUUAAAAUGUUAUCUUCUGUCAGUAAAGCGUCACCAGGAAUGUUGUUAUGUGCACAAAGUUGUAUAUUUCGCAUGAUGGAAAGGAAAUGGUAUCCAGGUUAUUUGGAAAGUUUUCCAGCAAAUGCUGAAAUAAAGGAUAUUCAUACGUCAGAUGCUACAGCACCCAAUGAUACACGGAUUAUAUUAAACAACAAAGUUAUAUCAUUAACCAAGUUGCCACGUGAUUUACACUUCUGGUUAGAAGUUACAAGAGAUCAAUAUCAAGGUUUUGAUUAUGCUAAAGGAGGUAUAACUAAAGAAGAUAUGGAUUUAUUGACAGAAAAAUCAAAAGCUAUUGUCAAUUGUUUUUUAGCAUCUGAUAUAGCACCCCGUGUUCAGGUAAAUGUAACAUCGGAUAUGGCCGUAACAAUUGCCAAUAAUUUACAUCUAUAUGGCCCACAGAGAAGUUUAUUUCAUGAAGCAUCUAUACUAUUAUUUCCUGUUCUAUAUCAUUUCUGGAGAAGGUUUUGUGAUGAAUGGUUAAAAAACGACACAGCAGAAAGAUAUAUGAGAAAACAUGAGCACAGUUUUAAACAUAGAGUAGUACAUACGCCACAUACAGACUCACGGCCACCAGACUAUCAAAACGUAGACAGUGAUAAUAUCAAAACUUUUACUUUCUCAACUACAGACGAUACAUGGUUCCGUAUAAAUUUCACAAUACUCAAUGGCAUUCGAAUUUUGUUACCAAAACUGAGAGGCUCAAAAUCGGGAGAAUUUGAUGAGGUCGAGGAUGAGAACGUGCCUCUAAAAUCUAAGUCUGCGGGACGGAGGAGUGUCGUGAGUAUUAGAAGUCGCCCAAGUGUCUCGGACUAUAAAAAGCAAUCGGGAGAUUCCAGUCGACAUAAAGGCAAGGAAGAUGGCAGGCUACCCACUAAACAGCAGUCCGCCAUAGAAGAGGAUGCGUUUUUACCUGCCGGAAGUAUAAUCUCUGAGACUUCCAGCUCUAAAAACGAUAGAAGACGAAGUAGUAAUAAAACAAAGGAUAUGGUUAAAGCUGUACAAGUCGCCAUCAAAAUAAAGCAUUAAAACAUCAUAAGACAUAUAAUUAUGUAAAACAUGGACUAGAUUCUCAAACUAAAACAACUGAGCACAUUACCAGUCUUAUAAAUACAGAAGUUGUAUGCGUAAUUUUAUUUUAUUUGUAUGCGGGAGGGUUUGGGGAAUGCUGAAUCUUGUAAGCUGUUUAACAAGAUGAUCCAAAAUAUAUGCAGUUUUACUUAUAAAGACUCUUAUUAUGUUCCUAUUCAAAACACAGAAAUGGUUGGCUUGUAAAAUUCCAGAAUUGUUUAUGUUUAUAUUAACUCAGACCCAUAAGGAUUGUGUCGUGAAAUUCAAUACCAACUAAUAUUAACUAUGCAAAUUUCCAUAACUUAAGUCCAAACUCAAUUUGAAUGAUUUUUUAACUAAUGUGUCACGGAGUCGUGGGCUCUUUAUUGGACUUUUAAUGUCUUAUUGCCCCAUCAU